GGUGCUGUCUGACUUCCGGUUUAGGCUGAAAUUGACACACAAUGAGGAGCAGGGAAUAACCUCGCGAAACGCCGCUGUAAAUAAAUAACGUUAGAAGAAUCACUGAAGCCACAGAAUAAUGGAGAAUCAGGUAAAGUGACUUUUGUGCCCCCUCGUGAAUCCUGAACUUUUAACCGAAAAAAUACUAGAAGGCUGUGCCAGGGACAAGAAUGAAUGCCUGGUGCUCGAAAAAAUCAUGCUAAUCGAACUCAUAGUUGGCUAGCUAGCGACACUCGCAUACAUCGGUAUUUGAUGGCUAACGUUAGCCUAACUCAGCAUUGCUAGCUAGCCACACAAUCAGACGGGCACACAAAGGGAUUUAUUGCCUGCUUGUGUGUUAUGGCCUUAUAUAUUGAGAAAGUAAGAUGUAUAACUUACUCCUUACCGGGUUCAUAACCUAAUUUAGCACGAGCUACUACCUGCUAGGGUUCUCGGCCCUUCGCUAGCUACGUAAAUAGCUGCUACAAGACGCCGGUGGAAAGGAUUGCUCUUUCCAGGUCUGGGUGUAGGGGAGGGAAGGAGGGGUGUGUAUCUAGCGGCGACGAAUUGGAAUUGAAAAGCGGGAAUUACAUCACCAGUUUAAAGGCAAAGAUUCUGUACUGAUGAAGAUAUUUGAAAAUCCUAGACAUACAAAUUGUGUAACAGCUAUCUGGAUACUGUGGUUGGUUGGGGGGAAAGCCAUGGAACGUCCAUGCAUGUCCACAUUGUCUUAGUAGGCCAUCUUAUCUUUUUCAAAUAUCAUAACAGUAACUCUGACCCGCUGUUACUCUAGCUAGGUAGGAGUUUUCAUGCUCAUCAUGAUAACGCAAACUCUAUUUCCAUAUCAAAGUGACUCAUAGAAUCCACUUGUGGGAACAUGUCACUGUCCGGUGUUACCCCCUUUGAAGCAUGCAAACAGUGUAAUUCCGUGACGACAAGGAAGGACUAAUCGUUUUAUCCGGUUUAACCCAAUUACUCAAUGGCAAACAAUACAAAACUGUACACCAUCAACAACCAUGAAACACCUAAGGACAUACUAAUUGUAUUUUUGUGCUUUUCAAGUUUUGUUUGUAUGGGAUGUAGACUUUUUUAUAAAUAAACGUAUGUCUAAAAUCUAGACCAUCACAAAUUGUUUUUUUGCUAAAUGCCCACUGGCUACAUGCCUUAUUUCUGGAAAUGUCAUAAAGAAUACUGAUGUUCGUUGUUGUGCACCAUGACGUCUAGUCUGUACUCUAUCAUUGUACGAUUUGUGCCAUAUCAUGAAAUCACAGUUCAGUUCACAAUAAUGCACCAGAGAUGGUUUUAUAAUUGGAGUAUACUGGAGUGUGAUCUCUGUAAGGGCUGUGGUGUCUGGUGGGCCUGCCCACCUGUACAGAGCUCAAAGUGCUGCAGGUGUGUCCUGUUUUGGUCUGUUGAUAGAGUAGUCUGUUGUCUUCGAGCAGCGAGAAGCAGGUUGUUUUCAGAGGGAGCGCAGCAACAUUUGCCAACUUUUAUUUUUUGUCUGUGUGCCUCAUCAAAGGAGACUUUCAGAUGAUUUUUCCCUUAGUGGAGAUUAGGCCUAAUUUAGUCAUGAGGGGUGUUAUUUUCAUGGCACGUGUGGGUUCAUUGUUGUGAGAGCCUGCUUGUCUGCGAAGUAGGGCAUUUCCCUUCAGAAUAUCAAUUUUAGAUGGGGGCUCAAUGUAUUUUUUUAUCUCUCUGUUGUGGCAGGGAAGUGAACCAAAUUAAGUUACUGAACGUCAUUCUGUCUCCAUAAAUGUUUCAAAUGAAUCAAGAAUCUUUAUUCCGUGAGCAUCAGGGUAGACGGUGCUCUUGUCUUUUUCCUCGAGUCAUUGUCAAUGCCAACCAUCACGGACCUAUUUUGUUUGUGAUAAUCUCAGUGUAUGAAUGGGGUCGUCUCUGAGCUGUAUUUGGUGAUGCCAGUAAUCCUGGGGAGCUGGUUGGUCGAUGGGGAGGGGCUCAAUGGCUGCUGCGCUGAACCAGGGUGUGGUGGCGUCUGGAGUUUAAGGGCAUUACUGCCACAGAAUGGCCGGGCAAGACGCCAGGGCUGGGUGUGUGUGAGGCUCAGUCCCAGACCAACUCAUCUCAAUCCUGUCCCCUAAUCCCUCCACUCAGUCACAGCUCACGAGCACUGUGGAGAGAAGGCGCCAAAUCCCCACAUUCUUCAGGCCUGGACAUAAAGUGCCUUUUCUGUCCCCUUGUCCCUCUCUCUCUUUUCCCAAUUCCUCUUUAGUAGCUGCCCCCCCCCCCCCCCCACACACAAUCCCUCUUUAGUAGCUGUCCCUCCCCCACAAUCCCUCUUUAGUAGCUGUCCCUCCCCCCACAAUCCCUCUUUAGUAGCUGUCCCUCCCCCCACAAUUCCUCUUUAGUAGCUGUCCCUCCCCCCACAAUCCCUCUUUAGUAGCUGUCCCUCCCCCCACAAUCCCUCUUUAGUAGCUGUCCCCCUCCCCCCACAAUUCCUCUUUAGUAGCUGUCCCUCCCCCACAAUCCCUCUUUAGUAGCUGUCCCUCCCCCCACAAUUCCUCUUUAGUAGCUGUCCCUCCCCCCACAAUCCCUCUUUAGUAGCUGUCCCCCUCCCCCCACAAUUCCUCUUUAGUAGCUGUCCCUCCCCCCACAAUCCCUCUUUAGUAGCUGUCCCUCCUCCCCCCACAAUCCCUCUUUAGUAGCUGUCCCCCCCCACAAUCCCUCUUUAGUAGCUGCCCCUCCCCCCACAAUCCCUCUUUAGUAGCUGCCCCUCCCCCCCACAAUCCUCUUUAGUAGCUGCCCCUCCCCCCACAAUCCCUCUUUAGUAGCUGCCCCUCCCCCACAAUCCCUCUUUAGCAGCUGCCCCUCCCCCCCACAAUCCCUCUUUAGUAGCUGUCCCUCCCCCCCCACAAUCUCUCUUUAGUAGCUGUCCCUCCCCUCUCCCCCCCACAAUCCCUCUUUAGUAGCUGCCCCUCCCCCCCACAAUCCCCUCUUUAGUAGCUGUCCCUCCCCCCCACAAUUCCUCUUUAGUAGCUGUCCCUCCCCCCACAAUCCCUCUUUAGUAGCUGUCCCCCCCCCCCCCCCCCCACAAUCCCUCUUUAGUAGCUGUCCCCCCCCCCCCCACAAUCCCUAUUUAGUAGCUGUCCCUCCCCCCCACAAUCCCUCUUUAGUAGCUGUCCCUCCCCCCUCCCCCCACAAUCCCUCUUUAGUAGCUGUCCCUCCCCCCAAUCCCUCUUUAGUAGCUGUCCCUCCCCCCAAUCCCUCUUUAGUAGCUGUCCCUCCCCCAAUCCCUCUUUAGUAGCUGUCCCUCCCCCCCACAAUCCCUCUUUAGUAGCUGUCCCUCCCCCCUCCCCCCAUCCCUCUUUAGUAGCUGUCCCCCCCCCCCCAUCCCUCUUUAGUAGCUGUCCCUCCCCCCAAUACCUCUUUAGUAGCUGUCCCUCCCCCCAAAUUCCUCUUUAGUAGCUGUCCCCCCCCCCACAAUCCCUCUUUAGUAGCUGUCCCCCCCCCACAAUCCCUCUUUAGUAGCUGUCCCUCCCCCCAAUCCCUCUUUAGUAGCUGUCCCUCCCCCCCAGUCCCUCUUUAGUAGCUGUCCCUCCCCCCCCAAUCCCUCUUUAGUAGCUGUCCCUCCCCCCAAUUCCUCUUUAGUAGCUGUCCCUCCCCCUCAAUCCCUCUUUAGUAGCUGUCCCUCCCCCCCAAUCCCUCUUUAGUAGCUGUCCCUCCCCCCAAUCCCUCCAAUCCCUCUUUAGUAGCUGUCCCGAUCGCUGCAGCAUGUCAUUUGGAUGUCCGUCCAACUACUAUCAUUGUUCUCGGUAACGAAUCACAGUCUGUGUAGUUUCUGAUGUGACCAUCCCAGAAAAACAAACCUUUUUGAAAUUGUAGUAUCAAAUAAUUGUAAUUUCCAUAAACUAAACUAUUUCCUAUCUUAGCUACUAACUUGCGAUGAGUGAUCAAUUUCAGGUGCUAAUAGCUUUUUUUGUAUGUCUGACCUUGUCUCUGUGUCUGCAGUGCACAGUGCAGGUGAAGCUGGAGCUAGGACACCGAGCCCAGUUGAGAAAGAAGGUGACCUCGGAGGGCUUCACCCAUGACUGGAUGGUGUUUGUGCGAGGGCCUGAGACGGGGGACAUACAACACUUUGUGGAGAAGGUCGUCUUCCGGCUGCACGAGAGCUUCCCCAAACCCAAGAGAGGUGGGUCGGACAAAACACACUUGCAACAACAACACUUGCUCGUGCGCAAACACACACACACACAAACCUGGCUGAAACUGGUUCUAUGAUUACUUUGUUUGUUUUUGUCUGGGGAGGGGAGAAGGGAUUCACUAGGGAUGUAACAAUUCACUGAUACGCAUCGGUCCCCGAUUCAAAUGUUUAAGAUAGAAGUGCAUCGGUCCAUGGACCCUGAACCGAUCCAAAUGCAGCAUGCAUAGGUCAGAAAAUCGACUAAAACGUUAUGAAUCACCAGCUCCUACAUUUUUUUGCUCGUUACAUUCUUUCUACCUUCUGAAAAUACCUCAUAUUUUGUGACAACUGAUGCGUCCUCUCCUUCGGUGUCGAACUGCAUGUAACUGUGUUGACAGUCAUUGAUCUAGAAGUAAUUUUGCAUUCCGAACAACCCCAGACAAUAUCAAUAGCCUAGUCAAACUGUGCGCUGUGCCCAGCUUUGCACGCUGACCAACGCGAGGUAGGUGGCCUGUUCCUGAUCUUGCACAUCUGCGCGGCACCUUCAGCAUUGAAAUGAUAAAAUGGCUAGUGUGAUAUUAAGCGUUAUUAGUUUAGUGCCAAACUAUGUCAUUUCCUAGGUUACUGUUAGCUAUGCACUGUUGGAAAUGGUGUUUUACCCAAGUAAGCUACUGGAGAGACAUCUCUCAUCUGGCUAUACCUGCUGAACAAGGCGUACAAUAUAAUUUAUUUUGAUUGUUCAUGUUCACCAUCAGCAAUAUUUUUGGUAGUUUUGCUUUAAAAAUUCAGUGUAUAUGGUCAUUUUUAGAUAUACAUGGUACAUUUGAUAAUUUCAAAAUGAGGACAUUCAUCACCUUUGUGAGGCGCACUGCAUGGCCGACGUGAGAGGAGAAAAGAAGAUCUCUCAGUUAAAAAUGUUCAAACGGUCAAAACCAUUUGAUUUUGAGAUGGGGCUGAAAUCCAAAGUUGUGCUAGCUAUAUAUUCAUUGGCUAUGUCAUUGCUAAUUUGUAAACGAUAAAUAUUGAUGCAUUACUAGCUCACACUUAAUCUGCAAAAAAUGCAAGUUAAUUAGUGGGUGAUGGGGAUUUCAGAACCAAAGUUUGGGGGUGGGGAUUCACCUUGGAUUCACCUUGACAACAGUUUAAAUCAAUAUUGUAAAAUGUAUUCUGCGGUAGCGUGUAGUGCAAACACACAAGGCCUACAGAGGGUUACCUACUACAUCAAACACGCAUGUUGCUCGGUCAGAUUUUGUCCAUUCGUGCUGAACGUCAAUAAACAUGAUGUCUUCUAUGGUGUACUCCAGACCAGGCACAUCUCUCCUCAUUAAGUCACUGCAAAUCUUUGUGUCACUGUCCACAGUCAUUAUGGUUAUUGCACAUUAUUGCUCCCAUAAGCUUUUAUCUUCAGGUUGUAAUGACUGGCUCUCUAUGGGAGGCUGGAGCUAGUUCACCAUUAGCCUUCUAGCAAUGGCCAUUGAUGUUAUCCUCCUGAAUGUAUGUUGAUGCUGUGCCGGUGUUGUUUCUGCAGUAUGCAAGGAGCCACCAUACAAAGUGGAGGAGUCAGGCUACGCUGGGUUCCUCAUGCCCAUCGAGGUCUACUUCAAGAACAAGGUGAGAGCUCCGUCAGAGCCUCUGUAAUGGUACUAUGUUAACAGUGUCAAUCUAUCCCUCAGGAUAUGGGCCACUGUUACGUGAUUCCUAAUGGAUUAGAGUUCCUCUGGUGCUCUAGGCCUUUUCCUGAAAUCAAAUCUGAUAUAGUUCUCCUACAAUGGCUUGUUUAUAUUAACCGGCACAAUCUGAAUAAGAUGGGUGUUUUUCUGAGGGUCGUUGGUCAAUAUUCAUGUCAUUUGGUUGGUAUUCAACAUGCGCGCAUGUGUCUGUUUAAUUUCCUCAAUGGUUCAUGUUCUGCUUUUAGUCUGUCAUGUGACAGUAUUUGUGUGGGUGUAGACACCAGGUUUAGGUGCAUGUGAUACUGGGGCUGUGUGUGGUGACACUGGUCAUGCUGGUAGUGGGCCUUUGGCUGCUGGUCUGGCUGGUGUCUUGUCAGCUGUCUCUGUCUGGCUGCAACUCCUCUUCAUGUCACUGUAGCGCCUGUUUUAAAAAGGCCUUACGUUUAUCUGGUAUGUCUGCUGUGAAUGUUUUUACUGUGUCCUGUAUCUGUAACCCUAUGACUCCUGGCAUGAUCUGAAAGUGGCGGGUGAUCAGAAAGAAUCCAUUUGUUUACCAAAAUGUCAUACUGUUUGCUGAAGUUCUCUCCCAAUGUGGAAUGUUAGCGCUUAUCAGAGUGUGCACUCCAGGCAUGCCUCUUAUUGACUUGGUCGGGGAAUCGCUUAUUCUUACUGUUAGCUGAUAAUAUUUGGAUAAGGGCUUAACAGGGCUCGGUGGCGCUGGGCUAAUUAGAUAUGUGAAUUCAUUAUUAUUUACAGGAGGAGCCCAAGAAGGUGUGCUUCAACUAUGACCUCUUCCUGAACCUGGAGGGGAACCCCCCUGUCAAUCACCUGCGCUGUGAAAAGCUCACCUUUAACAACCCCACCCGGGAGUUCAGACGCAAGUUGGUCAAGGCUGGAGGGGUGAGCUGGGGAUGGGGUACAGGGUGGAUGUGGGAUUGGUUGGAAUAAGUGGGAAAUGGAAUGGCAAGAGGGAACAUUGUCUGUGUUUCAGGGUUGAAUUGAAUUCAAACAAUUAAUUGGAAUUGGCCACACCCCACAGGAAGCAGAAUUUGAAUUGAAGGAAGUAGAAUUUAAUUCAAACCAAUUCAACUAACACAUGAAACAUGAAAGUCUCAUUAAUUUGACAAAUGUCACUUAUUAAUGCAAAGAAUACACAUACCAUUUCACAUAUUAGUUUGAUUAUAACUCAGAUGUCAAACAGUAUUUUCUUUGUCAUGAGAUGUUAGAUUGUUUUCUUCCAUACUGCAGUGUUUGAUGUAAUGAAUUCUGGGAAAUGUAUUCUGAUAUUGAAAAACAUUAAGGGAAUUAUGAAUGGUUAUAGACAACCCACAACAUGAUCUUAGAAUAUUUUCAGACCACUUUAAUUAUUUAAAAUUGUUUUAGGACAAUGAGUUUAAAAAAUGAAAUGUUAUGCUUCAACCUUAUACUACAUGGUAUUGAUAACCAAACAUGAUGUAAAAUAAACAUUUCUAUGGUGAUGUGUAGAAAAAAUAAGCCAUUUCUACUAAUUAAAGAGCAAAUCGCAACUCAAUUCUGAAUUGACCCCAACCCUGGUGUGUUUGUUCUCAUUCUUCUCCCUGUUUGUCUCUCUCUCAGGUCAUGGUGGUGCCUGAAGGGGCGGAGGCGGUGUCGAGGCCCAGUCCAGACUACCCCAUGCUCCCCACCAUCCCACUGUCUGCCUUCUCAGACCCCAAGAAGACCAAGACCUCCCAUGGAUCAAAGGUUAGCAGCACUUCUUAGCCUAGUACACUGAUAAGAAAGGAGUAGGAAUCUGUAUAGUAUUGCUCAACCAGUCAAUACAGCAUAGGGUAGGGAGAAUAGGAGAGUAGAGUAGAGUACAGUUGAGAUAAGGGACAGGAAACCUGUGUGUGUCUUUUUCCCCCCCAGUCUAAUCAUAUAAUGGGAUCCUUUCAUUAAUUCAGCUGGACUUCUGCUGCCUACUCUAGGUCACAGAUGAUCCCAAAUACACCUGCAUGAUUACAAACAUCCAAUCCUGGUUUUGCAUUUACCGCUCUGUUGAAUUAUCAUAGUAUCAACAUGGACGAUCAAUGUUCUGCGUAUGGAUACGUGCAUGCAUGUUGUGCAGAGUAUGUGAGCGGAGUUGAGCUGCCGCUCCAUUUAUUAAAAUCACAAUUUAACCAACACCCAUCUAUUUUUGUGACUACCUGGACCUACCAUUUUGGUUUUGAAGUAUUUAAACCAAACCAUAUGAUUUGAAUGAAAAGUAUUUUGACAAACAUGAAACGGUGAAUGUAAGAAGCGCACAUUGUAUAAAUAGGCUACAUGUCAUAUUAAACAGCAUAUAAACACUCUAAAUAGGUCAGGAGCCAGACAGGGAGCCUAAGAAGGAACGGAAAUGAAUUAUUUAGGCUAUAUUAUUUCAAGGCUAUAGCCUACAAAGAAAUACAUUGUGAAGCAUUUGCGAGUGCAACACACUAAGGUAAGGAGUCAGGGACAUUAAGCGCUCAGCAUUUAAACAACGUUUCGUAGUAUUAAAUCAUUAUAGUCUAUAAAUUGGUCAUAUUGGCUGUGACUUACUUAGAAUUAAAUACAAAUUAAAUGGAAAAUGCCUUAUUAGGCUCAGUCUACUGAGCUCCUGAGUGGCACAGUGGUCUAAGGCACUGCAUCGCAGUGCUAACUGUGCCACUAGAGAUCCUGGUUCGAAUCCAGGCUCUGUCGUAGCCGGCCGCGACUGGGAGACUCAUGGGCGGCGCACAAUUGGCCCAGCGUCGUCCAGGGUAGGGGAGGGAAUGGCCGGCAGGGAUGUAGCUCAGUUGAUAGAGUAUGGUGUUUGCAACGCCAGGGUUGUGGGUUCGAUUCCCAUGGGGGGCCAGUAUAAAUGUUUAAAAUAAAAAAUAUGUAUUCACUAACUGUAAGUCGCUCUGGAUAAGAGCGUCUGCUAAAUGACAUAAAUGUAAUGUAAAACGUAAAUGUCUACAGUGCCUUUUGAAUUCAAACACCAGUUUGGCCAGAGUCUGUAGCUUCAAGCUCAUGCGAUGGUGCCUGGAGAGCAGGCCAGCAGUGGAGAAUAUCCUCUCCGCGCUUGCAAAGCUACUGGGGAUGCUAAACACACUUUUGGCCAUUCUUGCCAGGCUGGGCAGGGAUGCAGAGUUUUUAUUUUCAACAAAAAAAAAAAAAAAAAAAAUAUAUAUAUAUAUAUAUAUUGGCCCAAUUGGCCUGGCAUAUUCCAACUUACAAGAAGCUUUCUGUUUUGAUUGGGUUAUUUUGCCUAAACCUUUAGGCCUACAUAUAUACAGUGAGGGAAAAACGUAUUUGAUCCCCUGUUGAUUUUGUACGUUUGCCCACUGACAAAGAAAUGAUCAGUCUAUAAUUUUAAUGGUAGGUUUAUUUGAACAGUGAGAGACAGAAUAACAACAAAAUAAUCCAGAAAAACGCAUGUAAAAAUUUUUAUAAAUUUAUUUGCAUUUUAAUGAGGGAAAUAAGUAUUUGACCUCUCUGCAAAACAUGACUUAGUACUUGGUGGCAAAUCCCUUGUCGGCAAUCACAGAGGUCAGACGUUUCUUGUAGUUGCCCACCAGGUUUGCACACAUCUCAGGAGGGAUUUUGUUCCACUCCUCUUUGCAGAUCUUCUCCAAGUCAUUAAGGUUUCGAGGCUGAUGUUUGGCAACUCGAACCUUCAGCUCCCUCCAUGGAUUUUCUAUGGGAAUAAGGUCUGGAGACUGGCUAGCCCACUCCAGGACCUUAAUGUGCUUCUUCUUCAGCCACUCCUUUGUUGCAUUUUUACAUUACAUUUUAGUCAUUUAGCAGACGCUCUUAUCCAGAGCGACUUACAGUUAGUGAAUACAUAUUUUUUUUUUUUAUACUGGCCCCCCGUGGGAAUCGAACCCACAACCCUGGCGUUGCAAACACCAUGCUCUAUCAACUGAGCUACAUCCCUGCCGGCCAUUCCCUCCCCUACCUGGACGACGCUGGGCCAAUUGUGCACCGCCCAUGAGUCUCCCGGUCGCGGCCGGCUGCGACAGAGCCUGGAUUCGAACCAGGAUCUCUAGUGGCACAGUUAGCACUGCGAUGCAGUGCCUUAGACCACUGCGCCACUCAGGAGACCUGAGGUUGCCUUGGCCGUGUGUUUUGGGUCAUUGUCAUGCUUGAAUACCCAUCCACGACCCAUUUUCAAUGCCCUGGCUGAGGGAAGGAGGUUCUCAACCAAGAUUUGACGGUACAUGGCCCCGUCCAUCGUCCCUUUGAUGCGGUGAAGUUGUCCUGUCCCCUUAGCAGAAAAAACUACCAAAGCAUAAUGUUUCCACCUCCAUGUUUGACGGUGGGGAUGGUGUUCUUGGGGUCAUAGGCAGAAUUCCUCCUCCUCCAAACACAGCGAGUUGAGUUGAUGCCAAAGAGCUCGAUUUUGGUCUCAUCUGACCACAACACUUUCACCCAGUUCUCCUCUGAAUCAUUCAGAUGUUCAUUGGCAAACUUCAGACGGGCCUGUAUAUGUGCUUUCUUGAGCAGGGGGGCCUUGCGGGCGCUGCAGGAUUCAGUCCUUCACGGCGUAGUGUGUUACCAAUUGUUUUCUUGGUGACUAUGGUUCCAGCUGCCUUGAGAUCAUUGACAAGAUCCUCCCGUGUAGUUCUGGGCUGAUUCCUUACCGUUCUCAUGAUCAUUGCAACUCCACGAGGUGAGAUCUUGCAUGGAGCCCCAGGCCGAGGGAGAUUGACAGUUCUUUUGUGUUUCUUCUAUUUGCGAAUAAUCGCACCAACUGUUGUCACCUUCUCACCAAGCUGCUUGGCGAUGGUCUUGUAGCCCAUUCCAGCCUUGUGUAGGUCUACAAUCUUGUCCCUGACAUCCUUGGAGAGCUCUUUGGUCUUGGCCAUGGUGGAGAGUUUGGAAUCUGAUUGAUUUAUUGCUUCUGUGGACAGGUGUCUUUUAUACAGGUAACAAACUGAGAUUAGGAGCACUCCCUUUAAGAGUGUGCUCCUAAUCUCAGCUCGUUACCUGUAUAAAAGACACCUGGGAGCCAGAAAUCUUUCUGAUUGAGAGGGGGUCAAAUACUUCUUUCCCUCAUUAAAAUGCAAAUCAAUUUAUAACAUUUUUGACAUGCGUUUUUUCUGGAUUUAGUUGUUGUUAUUCUGUCUCUCACUGUUCAAAUAAACCUACCAUUAAAAUUAUAGACUGAUCAUUUAUUUGUCAGUGGGCAAACGUACAAAAUCAGCAGGGGAUCAAAUACUUUUUUCCCUCACUGUAUGUAUGUAUGUAUGUGUGUGUGUGUGUGUGUGUGUGUGUGUAUAUAUGUGUAUAUAUAUGUGUAGGCCUAAAGGUUUAGGCAAAAUAACCCAAUCAAAACAGAAAGCUUCUUGUAAGUUGGAAUAUGCCAGGCCAAUUGGGCCAAAAUCAAUGAUGGCCAAAUGUAUAGAUAAUAUAACAAAAAUAAAGGAUCUCUUUUAAGAGAUCUGAUUUUUUUGUAUAUAAAUACUUUGCUACAAUGACACACUUAAUUAGCUACCCACCUCGUUCCUACUUUUAGCAUGUGCAUGUAGUAACUACACCAUCAUGCUUUCGGGUUAUGUGUCUUUUCAGAAGCACAAUUAUUCUUUAUUUGUGGACAUUACAUCACCGAACUCCCUCUUGCUCUUGGUCCUUAUCUUUGUAAGUCACCUUGAUUUUUCACCUGUGUGUUUUAUCAGUUUCUUUAUGAAAAUAUUUAGUGAACUCCAUGACAGUAGCUAAAGCAAGGGGCUAUAGCAGCACACAAGUAGACUACAAAUGCAUGCUGGGCCGGGCAUGCCCUGAGCUGGUGAAAUGAGCGCUAUUGGAGCAGGUGGGAAGGCCGACGCUCUAGCCUUUGGGAAUCUCGCUCCAGUCAAAUUGGGGACGUUCCUCGCUCCAGCUCCGCUCACAUACUCUGAUGUUGUGGAAUGAUAAGGAUCACAGGAGGUGAAUGGCAGUCCUUCAGUGGGCCUUUGGCUAAGUGCAUUGACAGUGGAGUGAUUGUCAUAGUGAUGGAUCUGCUCAAGUAUGAUGCUCCCACUCAGAUCUUUCUUUGCUGACAAUCAAGAAAUAGGUGGCGGAGCACCUGAGUGAAUGGACCAUACUUAUCUUUAUUAUAUAUAUUUACAGCCCAGCACCUAAUUGAAUAGGGAUGUGAGUUUGAUAUCAUGUGUAAUUGUCCCUGUCUUUAGGAGCCCAGUAAAGAGGGCAGUGGAGGCAGCAAUAAAGGGCCGAAGUCCCACAAGCUGACCAAGGAGCACCGCGAACGCCCCCGUAAAGACUCUGAGAGCAAGGCGGGGUCCAAGGGCGACAGCGACCGCGACGGGGGAGGAGGGGUCAGCAGCAAGUGCGCCCGCGAGCCCUCCUCUUCCUCCUCUUCCAAGAAGCCAGCAGAGAUCAAAGUCAAAGAUGAGGGCAAGGUCCUUCCCAAGGCCGCCUUCAAAGAGCCCAAACUCACCCUGAAGGAGGCCAAGAUGGAGGGCAUGUCCCCCAAAGGAGGGGGGGGAGGGGGUGGUGGGGGAGGAGGAGGAGGGGGCCCGCUGGAGUCCAAAGGCCCCGGGAAGCGGCCUUCCACCGUGGAGUCUCCCAAACCCAGUGCCAAGAAGCAGAAGAAGAGCAGCUCAGAGGGCUCUAAAGGGGCAGCUGCAGUGGCCUUCACCGGAGCCUCUCCCCGGGUCUCCUCGUCGUCUGCAGCCGCCCCUGGCUUCCCAGAGAAGAAACCCCCCAAGGAGGGUCGCUGGCCCAAGGGCAGCAAGGCCGACACUCAGGAGGUCAAGGAGCCCAAGAAGCUGCCUGAGUCUGACGAGUCCAACUCUGAGGAUGAAGCCUCGUCCAAAUCAGAGCAGUCAGCCCCCUCCAGUCCUUCUAACUCCAGCUCCAGCUCUGAUUCCAGCUCAGAAUCUGACUUUGAGCCUGGACAGAAACAAGGCCAAGGUAAGCCUAUCAUUCUCUAGACAGAUAACAUGGAAUUUACACAUCCACUGGAGAGGACAUUCUGACACAUUGGAUGUCUUUAGGGGGCCUGGUUUGUGCUUUAAUGUAGGAAUAGUACUGUGGAUUUAGCAAGUGUUCUCUGUUGACGGUGUGUACAUCUACUCUAGGCCCGCUGCGCUCUAUGGUGGAGGACCUACAGUCAGAGGAGUCAGAUGACGACAGCAGCUCAGAGGAAGGGACGCCUGUCAAGACCAACCCGCCCAACCGUGACUCACGGUCAGUCUCUCUCAAUUUCUCUCAAUUUCUCACUCUUUACCUUACUGUGUCAUAGACCUCUGAUGCUUCUGUAGUUAGGUCAUUUUCACCAGUUAGUCUACUGAUGUUUGUGGCACUUAUGAAACACAUCUCUAGCAAAUAAGCACAUAUGUGUGUUGGCCGUUCUUUAUAGGUGUUACAGUUUGUCGAAGGAAAUCUUUAAAGAUUUUAAUAAUUUGAGCUGCAAACACUGAUUGGAGUUGUUGAUCCUUUUACAAAACAUGUGUGUCCACCCACCACCUACAUACACAGGCUCCCUGUGCUAAAUAGCUUUCUGCCUUUCUGACCUUUGCCCUCCUGUUCCCUGUCAGACUGAGCCUGGACAGCGAGAGUGACAGCAGUGACGGCUCGCACCGCCCCAGUCGAGACCCGGUGCCGCCUCCACAGAAACACAGCUCCUCCAAUAACAAGGUAAAACACAGCUCCUCCAAUAACAAGGUAAAACACGGCUCCUCCAAUAACAAGGUAAAACACAGCUCCUCCAAUAACAAGGUAAAACACGGCUCCUCCAAUAACAAGGUAAAACACGGCUCCUCCAAUAACAAGGUAAAACACGGCUCCUCCAAUAACAAGGUAAAACACGGCUCCUCCAAUAACAAGGUAAAACACGGCUCCUCCAAUAACAAGGUAAAACACGGCUCCUCCAAUAACAAGGUAAAACACGGCUCCUCCAAUAACAAGGUAAAACACGGCUCCUCCAAUAACAAGGUAAAACACGGCUCCUCCAAUAACAAGGUAAAACACGGCUCCUCCAAUAACAAGGUAAAACACGGCUCCUCCAAUAACAAGGUAAAACACGGCUCCUCCAAUAACAAGGUAAAACACGGCUCCUCCAAUAACAAGGUAAAACACGGCUCCUCCAAUAACAAGGUAAAACACGGCUCCUCCAAUAACAAGGUAAAACACGGCUCCUCCAAUAACAAGGUAAAACACAGCUCCUCCAAUAACAAGGUAAAACACGGCUCCUCUAAUCUCUUCCAGGACUGGACUGUUUUCUCCAUCUCCAUUGUCACUCCAGAUUUCUAUCUCUAUUUUCUCUCCUCUGACAAAAGCCCCAUCAUUAAAUUCACACACAGAAUUGUAGAUAAUUUUUGCAUUGUUAUUUCAGAAAAUGUCCAUAAUAUACAGUUGAAGUCGGAAGUUUACAUACACCUUAGCCGAAAACAUUUAAACUCAGUUUUUCACAAUUCCUGACAUUUAAUCCUAGUAAAAAAUUCCCUGUCUUAGGUCAGUUAGGAUCACCACUUUAUUUUAAGAAUGUGAAAUGUCAGAAUAAUAGUAGAGGGAAUUAUUUCUUUCAGCUUUUAUUUCUUUCAUCACAUUCCCAGUGGGUCAGAAGUUUACAUACACUUAAUCAGUAUUUGGUAGCGUUGCCUUUAAAUUGUUUAACUUGGGUCAAACAUUUCGGGUAGCCUUACACAAGCUUCCCACAAUAAGUUGGGUGAAUUUUGGCCCAUUCCUCCUGACAGAGCUGGUGUAACUGAGUCAGGUUUGUAGGCCUCCUUGCUCGCACAUGCUUUUUCAGUUCUGCCCACAAACUUUCUAUAGGAUUGAGGUCAGGGCUUUGUGAUGGCCACUCCAAUACCUUGACUUUGUUGUCCUUAAGCCAUUUUGCCACAACUUUGGAAGUAUGCUUGGGGUCAUUGUCCAUUUGGAAGACCCAUUUGCGACCAUGCUUUAACUUCCUGACUGAUGUCUUGAGAUGUUGCUUCAAUAUAUCCAAAUAAUUUUCCUUCCUCAUGAUGCCAUCUAUUUUGUGAAGUGCACCAGUCCCUCCUACAGCAAAGCACCCCCACAGCAUGAUGCUGCCACCCCCGUGCUUCAUGGUUGGGAUGGUGUUCUUCGGCUUGCAAGCCACCCCCCCCCCCCCCCAUCCUCCAAACAUAACGAUGGUCAUUAUGGCCAAACAGUUCUAUUUUUGUUUCGUCAGACCAGAGGACAUUUCUCCAAAAAGUGCGAUCUUUGUCCCCAUGUGCAGUUGCAAAGCGUAGUCUGGCUUUUUUUAUGGUGGUUUUGGAGCAGUGGCUUCUUCCAGGUUGAGCGGCCAGAUAUAGAUCAUUUUGUACCUGUUUCCUCCAGCAUCUUCACAAGGUCCUUUGCUGUUGUUCUGGGAUUGAUUUGCACUUUUCGCACCAAAGUACGUUCAUCUCUAGGAGACAGAACGCAUCUGCUUCUUGAGCAGUAUGACGGCUGCGUGGUCCCAUGGUGUUUAUACUUGCGUACUAUUGUUUGUACAGAUGAACGUGGUACCUUCAGGCGUUUGGAAAUUGCUCCCAAGGAUGAACCAGACUUGUGGAGGUCUACAAUUUUUUUUCUGAGGUCUUGGCUGAUUUCUUUUGAUUUUCCCAUGAUGUCAAGCAAAGAGGCACUGAGUUUGAAGGUAGGCCUUGAAAUACAUCCACAGGUACACCUCCAAUUGACUCAAAUGAUGUCAAUUAGCCUAUUAGAAGCUUCUAAAGCCAUUACAUAAUUUUCUGGAAUUUUCCAAGCUGUUUAAAGGCACAGUCAACUUAGUGUAUGUAAACUUCUGACCCACUGGAAUUGUGAUACAGUGAAUUAUAAGUUAAAUAAUCUGUCUGUAAACAAUUGUUGGAAAAAUUACUUGUGUCAAAGUAGAUGUCCUAAACGACUUGCCAAAACUAUAGUUUGUUAACAAGAAAUGUGUGGAGUGGUUGAAAAACAAGUUUUAAUGACUCCAACCUAAGUGUAUGUAAACUUCUGACUUCAACUUUAUCUGCCGCUAAUAGUGGAUGCCGCUCCGGCGGGAGAAAUCAAUAGGCAAAUAUCACUGCCAAUCACAACACUGGCGGGUAAGUAGUACUGUGAAACACUAUAAUUCCACUAUUAGCGGCAGAUAUAUUAUGGACAUUGUCAUAAGUUACAAUGCAAAAAUUCAAUAAAGUUAUAUGUGAUAAUUUCUCCUGCAAACAGGUAUACCUCUACAAAUGUACUUUGUUGACGUUUGGGUUAUUACCAGUAGUUAUCAUUGAUGGCUAAGCAGUGUUUUUUUUUUAUUCCUAGCACCACAACAGAAAACUGUGGUGGUGUGUUUAAUAUUUGCUCUCCUAAAGCACCAUCCUUCCCAUUCUGAUCUCUGUUUAUCUGCUUUCCCCUCUGUCCUCCGUCUCUCUGUCUCUGUGUUCCGUCUCUCUCUGAGCAGGUCUUGGGCAGGAAGAGCCCAGACAUCUGCAGCCGCCCAGAGAAGGUGCUGAAGAAAGGAUACGAGAAGGUAGGAAGGGUAAAUACUCACAAUUUACAUUACCUUUUUUCUUAUUUUUCAUGUGUUCAAACAUCUGUAUUAAGUGGUUAUAUUACCAGUGUAGUGUUCAAUAUACUCUUGUUCAAAUUCUACAAUACUGCUUUAUCACCACUAUUAUAGAUAUAUCACUACCAGCUUACCACUCCAUACAUUCCUGGUGUAAAACUGCAGUAGAAAACACUGGUUAAUCAGUAAUCAUAUACCUAAUUGUAGACUCAAGGAGUGCUCCACUAACGACAAACUCCCCCCUCUUCCUGUUCUCCAGGCCUACACAGAGGAGCUGGUGGAUCUCCACCGCAGACUGAUGGCUCUGAGGGAGCGCAACGUCCUACAGCAGGUAUGGAGCCAUAACUAGCCAUGUGUGUGGUCAGGUGUAUACAUGUGUUACAAAACAUACUUUUCCACUAGCAUCACUACUGUCAGGCCACGCUAUUGUGUCAUCAUCAAUGUGAUAUCGUCGUCAUCUAAGUCCUCCUCUCCUCUCUCUCCUUAGAUAGUGAAUCUUAUUGAGGAGACGGGCCACUUCAACGUGACCAACACCACCUUUGACUUUGACCUGUUCUCUCUGGACGAGACGACCGUCCGCAAACUACAGAGCUACCUGGAGACCACAGCCACGUGACAGCAAGCCUGUAGCGCAGGGGAUUGUGGCAGGGCCGGUGGUGGCCACUCUCCCUCCUCAGUCCCUGGACCCCCACUGGGGGGGGGUAGUAACAGAAGCUACAGCCACACACCAGACAGAGCUAAACCACAGAACAACAACAGAACACACACUUUCACUAGUCGCUGGAGAAGAACAGAGGAACAGGGUGAGGGGAGGAGAGAGGAGGAGGUCCGA